CCUCCUCACCUCACUCACUGUCUAAUAAUAUGAGCAGAUUGCUCAUUACGCACCACCUCCGGUUAUGAAUACCAACACAGAGCCACCACAACAAUUGGCACCGCCUCAACCGCCGCAGCCCCACCGUCCAUCCACCUCCUGUGACCGACACCCAGAAGAGCAUUUUACUGGUUUCUGCCCCUCAUGCCUCUGCGAGCGUCUCGCAGUUCUCGAGCCUUCUUCUUCUUCUUCUUCUGCUGCUGCUUCCUCCUCAAGGAAACCCCCCAUCGCCGCCGCUGCUCUUAAAGCUAUCUUUAAGCCAUCUGCGGGUGGUUCCGGUAAUAAUAAUUCGAGUCGGGGUAGGCCUGGGUUUUUCCCUGAGCUCCGGCGGACGAAGUCGUUUUCUGCUUCGAAGAACGAGGGUUUCUCGGGUGUGUUCGAGCCUCAGAGGAAAUCUUGUGACGUUAGGGUUCGGAAUACGCUUUGGACGCUGUUUACUCAGGACGACGAGAAGAAUCCGCACAAAAAGGAGGCCGGACGAUCGGAGAUUGUUGAGGUUGAGAACAGAAAUUUGGGGUCUUCGUCUAGCGUUGGAGGUCCGGUGUUGGAAGGGAAGGAAGAGGGGGAGACUGAGUACGAGAGUGAGCAUGAGGAUGACAUCGAGAUCGUCGAGGAGUCCAAUGUGGCUUCUUCGAGCGUGAUUGAGGAGAAAGUUGGAGAAAUCGUGGAGGAAUACGAGCAGGAGCUGGUUCAGGAGCUGGUUCAGGAAGAAGAGUUGAAGCCCAUGAAGGACCACAUAGAUCUUGAUUCCCAGACCAAGAAGCCUUCCGGUAGGGAUUUCAAGGAGAUUGCCGGUAGUUUCUGGUCUGCGGCUUCAGUGUUCAGCAAGAAAUUGCAGAAAUGGAGGCAAAAGCAGAAGCUCAAGAAGCGCAGAAAUGGAGGGGGUUCUGCAAGAUUGCCGGUGGAGAAGCCGAUCGGGAGACAGUACCGAGAAACUCAGUCCGAGAUUGCGGAUUAUGGCUACGGCAGAAGGUCUUGCGAUACAGAUCCAAGAUUCUCACUUGAUGCCGGAAGGAUGUCGUUCGACGCUGCCCGGGUGUCUUUUGAUGCUGCCCGGAUGUCGUUUGAUGCGGCCAGGAUGUCAUUGGAUGACCCGAGGUACUCCUUCGACGAGCCUCGAGCUUCCUGGGAUGGGUAUUUGAUUGGUAGGACGUUCCCGAGGAUGCCCACCAUGCUCUCCGUCGUGGAGGAUGCUCCGGUUCAUGUAAUGAGGUCAGAUACUCAAAUCCCUGUUGAAGAACCUAUGAAUUCCAUCAAUGAGGAGGAGACUGUUCCCGGAGGUUCAACUCAAACAAGGGACUAUUACUCGGAUUCUUCUUCAAGGAGGAGGAAGAGUCUUGACCGGUCCAGUUCCAUUAGGAAAACGGCGGCAGCUGUUGUGGCGGAGAUGGAUGAAAUGAAGCCGGUUUCCAAUGCAAAGGUGUCUCCUGCUGCAACCGUAGAUUACAUCAAUGGACCUAAGUUGGUUGUGCCAGAUGGUAGAGAUUUGAGGGAUUCAAACUCAAAUUCUUUGAGGGAUGAUUACUCUGAGACUUUUGAAAUUGGCUUGAGAGAUAAUGCAUCAUUGAUUGGAAAUGGUGAAAGAAAGGCAUCCAAGAAGUCGCGGAGGUGGAUUAAGGCAUGGAACAUUUGGGGGUUCAUAUACAGGAGGAGUGUAAACAAAGAUGAAGAUGAAGAUAGGUUUAGUAGAGCCAAUGGUGUGGAGAGGUCAUUUUCGGAGUCUUGGCCAGAGUUGCGAGGGGAUCGGAAUGGAGAUGUGAAAGGGGGUUUUAAUCCAAAGGUGUUGCGGAGCAAUAGCUGUGUAAGCUGGAGGAAUUCAACUAGUUUUGGUGGAUCAUUUGGUGGUGCAAGGAAGAACACUGUUGAGGCGAAUGGGAAUGGUAAGAAGAGGAAAGAUGAGUUUGUGCUGGAAAGGAAUAGAAGUGCAAGGUAUUCACCAAAUAACAUCGAUAAUGGACUCCUAAGGUUCUACUUGACACCAUUGAGGGGCAGUCGGAGAGGUGGCUCAGGCAAAAAUAGGGCAAAUCCAGCUCAUUCUAUUGCGAGGAGCGUCCUGAGGCUGUACUAAACUCGAGGUUCAUAAGGUCUUUCUUUGGUUUAAAGUUGUUAAUUCUGCUGCAUUUGUGUGUAAACCACGCAUGAUGCCUUUGUAAUUCUUGAUGGUUGGUUGGAUAAUUUUGAUGCAUUUGUGUGUAAAACCACACAUGAUGCUUUUGUAAUUCUUGGAUAAUUAUGCUGCAUUUGUGUGUAAACCACACAUGAUGCCCUUGUAAUUCUUGAUGGUUGGUUGGAUAAAAAUGCUUGCCUUUCUUGUGGGUAGCAUGCUGCAUCCAUUAUUCAAAUAACAACAAUUGCAGUGU